AUGGGUCAGGUAUCAACUCCUACAAGAUCAUCACCAAAUGUUGGCUCAAACUCCACUGGGUCAACAAAGAAACAAUCAUCCUUGAUGGAUUUUUUCAAGCCAAUGGCAUCCAAAGAUAAACUGAAACCAAAACAGCAACCACUGCCAUUAUCAUCGUCUCCACUCAAAUCCAAAUCCAACGAUACUAAACCAUUUUUAUCAAGUGACAAAGAGAAUGACGAUCAUUCGAUAAUGGAAAAUCAUAAGAAUACUACUUUGGUCACAUCUCAACCUGACGAUACUGGUGAUAAACAAAUCAAACCACAAUUAGCUUCGUCACCCAAGAGAGAGGAAUUGAAGAAAGAAAGAAAACAGCAGCCAUUAAGAGAGAAGACUACAGCUGCAUUAAACUCGAGUCCCGUUGCUGCAACUCGUCGUAGCAAGCAAAUUAACUAUGCCGAAUCUGACGACGAAGAAGAGGUUUUUACCAGUAGAAAAAAGAGAAGAGUUGUCCAAGAUGACAGUGAAGAAGAGGAAGACGACUUUAAGCCAGCCGAGUCAGGAAGUGACGAUGACGAUGAUAUGAGUGAUUUUGUUGUUGAUGACGACAAAGAUGAAGAUAUGGAACCGGUACUGGAUGACGACGAUGAAGUAGUUGCUCCAAAAACCAAAAGCAAGAAACCAUUGUCUAAGUCUUCAAAACCAACUAGUCUGCUGGUAUCUGGAAUUCUUGGCAGAUUUGAUGCUGGUUCUGGUUCUUUUCGUCAAUCUAGUUCCGUGGCCACACCAAAACCUAAGAGUACCACCAUCAAAUCUUUAACACCUUCUAAAAAGUCUUUUGAAAAAGAAAACGAAGAAAGAUAUCAAUGGUUGGUUGACAUCAGAGAUGCUGAAAAACGUCCUAUUGACCACCCUGAUUAUGAUCCAAGAACCUUAUACAUUCCCCAAUCGGCAUGGUCCAAGUUUACUGCUUUUGAAAAGCAAUAUUGGCAAAUCAAAUCAAAAAUGUGGAACACCGUUGUUUUCUUCCAAAAGGGAAAAUUUUAUGAAUUGUAUGAAAAUGAUGCUGUUAUUGCCAAUACCCAAUUUGAUUUGAAAAUUGCUGGUGGUGGCAGAGCAAAUAUGAAAUUGGCUGGUAUUCCCGAAAUGUCAUUUGAGUAUUGGGCCAAGGAAUUUAUCAGUCAUGGAUACAAAGUUGCCAAAGUUGAACAAAAGGAAUCCAUGUUGGUCAAACAAAUGAGAGGUGGUGCUACCAAGGAGGAAAAGAUUAUUGAAAGAGAAUUAAAGGGAAUUUUGACUGCGGGUACAUUGACUAAUUUGGAUAUGAUCAGUAACGAUAUGGCUACCUAUUGUUUGAGUAUCAAAGAAGAAGAUAAAGAAGAUGGUACUAAAACUUUUGGUGUGGCAUUUGUAGAUACAGCCACUUCUGAAUUAAACUUUAUUGAACUAGAUGAUGAUGCUGAAUGUACAAAAUUGGAUACUUUAAUCACUCAAAUUAAUCCUAAAGAAAUCAUUUGUGAAAAGGGAAACUUGUGUCAAAUUGCAACCAAAAUUCUUAAAUUUUGUACCCAUAGUGAUCACCAAAUUUGGAAUGCUUUGAAUCCAAUCACCGAAUUUUGGGAUUAUGAUAUUGCCCUUGAACAAUUGGUUAAAGCCAAAUACUAUGAUGCAGAAAACUUGGAUGAUUACUCAAAUUAUCCAAAAGUCUUAGUUGAUUUCAAAGAGAACCAUCAAGUUGCUUUCAACGCAUUUGGUGGGUUAUUAUACUAUUUGAAAAUGUUGAAAUUGGAUACAAGUAUUAUGAGUCUCGGCAAUAUCCAUGAAUACCACAUUUCUCGCAAUUCAGCUUCACAUAUGAUUUUGGAUGGUGUUACAUUGAACAAUUUGGAAAUUCUCAACAACACAAGCGAUGGUACUACUAAGGGGACACUCUUCAAGUUGGUAAAUCGUGCAACAACUUCAUUUGGUAAGAGACAACUACAAAAGUGGGUUUUGCAUCCAUUGUUUAAAGUUGACGAGAUCAACCAAAGAUACGAUUCAGUUGACUAUUUAAUGAAUGAUGGAUUAGAGUUGAGGUCUAUUUUACAAGAUACUUUGGCAAAUAUUCCUGACUUGGAAAGACUUUUAGCAAGAGUUCACGGAGGAACAUUGAAAUUUAGGGACUUCUUAAAAGUUAUAGAAAGUUUUGAAAGCAUUGCCGGUGUUAGUUCCAAGUUGGUCGAUUUCACCAAUGUUGAAAGUGGUAUGCUUUACAAAUACUUGAAAAGUUUCCCUCAUGAAAUGCGUGAAUUGAUUCAACAAUGGGAAGAUGCGUUUGAUAGAGAACAGGCAAAAAAUGAUAUUAUAGUUCCUUCAGCUGGUACCGAUGAAGAAUUUGAUAAUUCACAAGCAUCCAUGGAGGAUUUGAAGACUCAAUUGGACAAACUAUUAAAGGAGUAUAAAAGAACCUAUAAAUCACAAGAGAUCUGUUAUCGUGAUUCAGGGAAAGAAAUCUAUCUUAUUGAAGUUCCAUUCAAACUUAAAGUACCAGGUGAUUGGAAACAGAUGGGUUCUACUUCAAAAGUGAAAAGAUAUUAUUCACCAGAAGUGGAAACAUUGGCUAAAGAGUUAAGAGGUCAACAAGAGCUACACAAAAUGGUUUGUGACACUUUGAAGAUAAGAAUGUAUGAGAAAUUUGAUAAACACUACAAUGUUUGGAUGCAAGUCAUUCAAACUAUUGCCAAUAUUGAUUGCUUGUUAGCAUUAACCAAAGCUUCAGAAACAAUCGGAUACCCUUCUUGUCGUCCAAAACUUAUCGAAGCUGAUAAAGGUUGCAUUAACUUCAAAGAGUUGAGACACCCAUGCUUUGUGAGCACUAAAGAAUUCAUUCCUAAUGAUGUACAAUUAGGGGGUGACGAACCUCAUUUUGGUCUUCUUACUGGUGCCAAUGCUGCAGGGAAAUCGACAUUGAUGAGAACAACUGCAUUGGCAAUUAUCUUGAGUCAAAUCGGAUGCUACAUACCAGCUGAACUGGCAGAAUUGACCCCUGUGGAUAGAAUCAUGACUAGAUUGGGUGCUAAUGAUAACAUUUUGCAAGGUAAAUCCACAUUUUUCGUUGAAUUGUCAGAAACAAAGAAAAUUUUAAGCAAUGCCACACCACGAUCAUUAGUUAUAUUGGAUGAAUUGGGCAGAGGUGGGUCCAGUAGUGAUGGUUUUGCUAUUGCCGAAUCAGUUUUACACCAUUUAGCUACCCAUGUUCAGUCAUUAGGAUUUUUCGCUACUCAUUAUGGUACUUUGGGAUUAUUGUUCAAGACUCACCCACAGAUCAAACAACUAAGAAUGGGUAUCGUUGUUGACAGUGGCUCGCGUAAUAUCACAUUUUUAUACAAGUUGGAAACAGGAACAGCACCUAAGUCGUUUGGUAUGAAUGUUGCAUCCAUGUGUGGUAUUCCUGAUGCAAUUGUUGAUAAUGCCGAAAUUGCAGCUAAGGCAUAUGAACAAACCUCUAAAUUGAAGAAAUUAGCAGAAGAGAGUAAAGGUGAUGAUAUUAGUUUAGGUUUACAAAGUGACUUUGUUUGGUUGGCCACUGGCAAAAUUAAUGACUUGAGUAAAGAUAUACUCAAGUAUGACGAACCAAUUAAAAAGAGUGCUCUUGAAAACAUCUACAAAAUGAUAGAUAGGUUAUAA